UUAAUUUAUGUUGCUUUUUAGCAAAAUAACUAGGUUAUGCCUAAUCCCUACAUAUGGCUGCAAAUUUGUACUUAAAAAAGACUGGAAGCUCAUAAAAGACAACACAAAUUGGGCAACUUAUAUGGAUGAUCUUAAUAUCAAUUCAGAGACCUUUUAUCACUCAAGCAGCAAAGAUUUACUUAAAGCAGUCAGAGAUAAUCCUGAGAAUGAAUUUUAUGCAAAAUCAAUAGGGCAACUUCUAUAUCAUAUGGGAAAAGAUGGUGUAUAUGAUGAAGUUGUAAUUAAAAAGAUAGAAAAAUGUCUUUACAAAUUUAAAGGUGAAUUUCCAUCAAGAUUAGCAUUUGGAGCUUUAUAUGGAUUUUUAUCCCUUUCUAUUGAUAAUUAAUAUUUACAUGAUUUCUUUGAUGCUGAAUUUCGUAUGCAUCAAAAAUCUAAAAGAAAAUGGUUUGAAGCAAUAGAAUUAGUUGAAGCAUGUGGGAAAAAUAAAAAUUUAUCAAGAAAAUAUCUAUAUGAUUUGAUGAAGUCACAAUGUCAUAGUAUUCUUGUUAAAGAAUAUAAAAAAAGUCUAAAAUAUCAACCUGCUUAAUAAUUUAGAUUAUUGAAUGCAUGUAUAAGUGCUAAGUAUUUUGAACCUGAUUUGUUUGAUCCUCUUGUAAAAGAUAUAGUUAGAUAAUAAAAAAUAUCUAGAUUACCAGAUUUAAUUAAAUUGUUAAAUAUCCUAACUAAACUUCAAAAUGAAGGAGAUUUCCCAAGAUCAAUAUAAACAGAAAUUGAUCAUCUUAUUAAUAGAUUAAAAACAACACCUAAAUUUUCAUGGUUAUACAAUGCAGAUGAAAGACGUUAUAGAACAAUGGAAGAAUUAAAAGCUGUCAGAGAGAAUGCACCUUAAUAAUUUAUAGGAAAUCAUCUUUAUUAACCAGAAAUGUUAGAAUAAUAUUUGAAAUAAAAGGCUUUAGGAAAUGAUGAAGCAGUUUAAAGAGAAAAGAGAUUAAUUCAAGAGAAAUAAUUAGAUGAUUUAUUGUAUGAUGAAUUCAUGCUCAAUAAAGUUGAAUAAUAGAGAAAUAGAGAAUAAUUAAAGAAAGAAUAGAGAAAAGGUAUGAAGGAUGAAGAUGGUGAAGAUGAAGAUGAAGAAAUUGAUAAAGAAUUAACUGAAGAAGAAAAGAAGGAUUGUAAUUAAUUAUUAAAUAAAUUAUUAUAGUACUUACUGAUUUUUAGAAGAAACACUUUGAAUCUUUAGAUAUGGAAACUGUUAAUCCAGAGGAUCUUCCUAAAGAAUGGUUUAUGGAUAAUAGUUAAUCAUAAGAUAAUGAAUUUGAUGAAAUGGAUGAAAGAAUUCAGUAGGCAGCUCAAGAAAAAUCUCAGUAAGCUAAGAAUAAAGAGUUUAAGAAAAGAAAGGGAAGAAGUGGCAAAGGAGAUAUUUUUGAUGCAAUAGAGUGA